AUGGGAGCAGCUGUUUUGAAAGCGCUCCAGAGUCUCCUGCUUCGCCAGCGGAGGUCCCUCACACAGCACCGCGAGGUCAAGGACCGUCCACGAUUGGUCGUGCAAUACCUGAACUUGGUAGAGCACUCACACUAA